AUGUCUGCACCUGUUCAAAAUAAUGCGGAAGUUCCCACUUUCAAGUUGGUUCUUGUUGGUGAUGGUGGUACUGGUAAGACCACCUUUGUUAAGAGACAUUUGACUGGGGAAUUUGAAAAAAAGUACAUUGCAACUAUUGGUGUCGAAGUCCAUCCUCUGUCUUUUUACACUAAUUUUGGUGAAAUCAAGUUCGACGUGUGGGAUACCGCUGGUCAGGAAAAAUUCGGCGGCCUAAGGGAUGGUUAUUACAUUAAUGCUCAGUGUGCUAUCAUCAUGUUCGAUGUCACUUCCAGAAUUACUUACAAGAACGUUCCUAAUUGGCAUAGAGACUUGGUCCGUGUGUGCGAAAAUAUCCCGAUAGUUUUGUGCGGUAAUAAAGUCGAUGUCAAGGAAAGAAAAGUGAAGGCUAAGACCAUCACUUUCCACAGGAAGAAGAAUCUACAAUAUUACGAUAUUUCUGCUAAAUCAAACUAUAAUUUUGAAAAGCCCUUCUUGUGGUUGGCGAGAAAACUUGCCGGUAACCCACAAUUGGAGUUUGUUGCCUCUCCUGCCUUGGCUCCACCGGAAGUUCAAGUUGAUGAGCAACUAAUGCACCAAUAUCAACAAGAAAUGGAACAAGCUACAGCUUUGCCGUUGCCUGAUGAAGACGACGCUGAUUUAUAA